AUGUCUGCCCCACAAACCUCUACCUCCGUUGCUACCCGCUCCAACCAGGGCACCGUCGCUCCCAAGGAAGCUUUGAAGCUUCGCUUGGACCUCAACCUCGAGGUUGAGAUUGCCAUCCAGGCCAAGGUCAACGGCGACAUCACUCUUUCUCUCCUUAAAUGUCUGCUGCGGACCUGGAGAGAUAGGGUCGGAGUGCCGCUGUCGGGUUCAGGUGAGGAUUAUGCCUUCACGUAUCGUUUGGACUGA